AACUUAUUAGUGCUGAAGAUGAUAAUAGAAAAUCGAACCAAGAAGUUAUUAAAAGAUAUUAUAAUUUUGGAUUAAAUCUUACAAAACGCCUAGAAUAUCAUAAGAAAUCUCACAAAAAGCAAGUUACCAAAAUUCUAGUAAAUGACGAAGUUAGAAAUCAAAUUUCCAAAGAGGUUAGUGAUGAUGCACUUGGAAAGAAAACGGAACGAGCACGAAAAAUUUACAACCUUUUUGAUGCCAUUGGUGAGGAUAAAAUAGUACGAAAAUCAAAAUGA